GGUGGAGCCGUUAUGGGCCUUGUUUUGUAGCGCACUGAGUGCAGCGGCCUCUGGAGGGACCGCUCCACAAUCGAGCCACAGUUUGGCGAGUCUGGUUGGAAGCCACGGCCCCGGAAGUGGGUGGUUGCGGGUUGAGUCGCCGCUUGGUCAUCGCUGACUGAAUUGGCUGCUGGGAUGAGGCUAAGAACGAAUGACGGCUGGAGCCUAUUUGAUAUCUGAGAAACUGUGAUUGUGAUCAUAUAGAAACCUACAAUUGCACCAUUACACCAUUGCUAGGAAACGUAUUGGAUAGCUUACAUUGGACGCUUUAAAAAACGCUGAGCCAAGAUGAUGGAGGAAAUGGAUAGAUUUCAAGUGCCGCCGUCGGUUCAAUCGGAGAUGCAGCCUUUAGACCCAGCAUCCUCUACCACAUCAGAGGCGGACUCAGACACCCGAGACGGGGAACCCGCAACUUUAAACUAUAAACCCUCCCCUCUGCAGAUGAAGAUAGAGAAACAGAGAGAGUUGGCCAGGAAGGGCUCAGUGAAGAAUGGCAACGCAGGGAGCCCAGUGAAUCAGCAGCCCAAGAAGAAUAAUGUGAUGGCCAGAACGAGGUUGGUGGUCCCAAAUAAAGGCUACUCAUCUUUAGACCAAAGUCCAGAUGAGAAACCUCUAGUUGCUUUAGAUACAGACAGUGAUGAUGACUUUGACAUGUCGAGAUAUUCUUCAUCAGGAUACUCUUCGGCUGAGCAAAUCAACCAGGACCUAAACAUCCAGCUGCUGAAGGAUGGCUACCGUCUGGACGAGAUCCCAGACGACGAAGACCUCGACCUCAUACCCCCCAAAGCAGUGAAUCCUACGUGCAUCUGUUGCCAAGCCACAUCCUCCACAGCUUGCCAGAUCCAGUAGAGCCGUCCCCAUCUCCUGUCCCAGCCCCGCCAUCCACUAAUGUCUCUCCAGUGAAUCCAUCUCACCGUGUGAGUGGUGACCAAUUUCCGUGGGUUAAGCAUAACAUUGGAAAUGACAAAUAAAUCAAGGUGAUAGAAGAGAAACAUACGUACAAUAACCAAAAUUAAUUCAGAAUUCCAGUUAAUACAGGGGAAAUGCGGGAAGGGUUAUCGCAAACAAAGGUCUCUUAUUGAUGGCUUCCUCCUAUGGCAGGACACGCACUUCCUUGUUUGGUUAAGAGACAGGAGAAGCCAGUGAGGAAUUAACUCACUGCCCCUCCUCCUGACUGGCCUUGCAUAGUUUAAUUCAUUUAAUUAAGUAGUGGAUUAAAUAAAGAGAAAUAAAAACAUUUCGAUUUAACAUUCAAUUUAGAAAUGUGACAACUGUUUAAAAUCUGCUGCUAACUGACGCUCAUUUCUGUGUUGACACGAUUGCUUCUAUGUUAUAUUUACUGUUCUGCGCUUACACUUUCAAUUUGUGUUUUUUUUUUCUUCACAUUGAACGUUUAAUCCUGGACAUUUCAAACAGUCCUGAGAUGUUUCACAGGAUGUUCAGUCUCCUUGUGUAAAGGUUUAUGGGCAUUGCAGGGGCUACAGGUUGACACUGCAUAGCACUGAGGGCAGAAUAGUGUAGCAUGUUUUAGGGCAUUGCACUUUUGGUUCACUUGGUUCAGUUUCAAAACACUUUUAUUUACUUUGAAUUGCCCCAUAUCUGCAGUGGAAUGCAAAUGAAUGUAUCAUAAAGAGAUGAAAGUAGAGAAAGUAGAAGAGUAUGCAGAUACUUCUCAAUUGAUCAGGCAUAUCAGUCUAUACAGCUUGAAUUUAAUUUCUUUUAAUUUUUCUGUCUGGCCAUGUGGCAUGUAUUGCAAUAUGCACACUUAAAUGUAUCCUUAAAUAAUAUCUUGUGAAUAAUAUGCCUUCCCUGUCACUGCCUAUGGAUUUAAUGUGGUUUUGUUUCCUCUCUAUAAACAGAGGAUAUGUAUUAAAUUUGGUGAGGGUAAAAUAACCAAACAAACUCCAGUGAAAGUAAUCAGGCCAGAAAGGAACAAUGGGGGGAAACAUGAGGGGUUUACGUAUAUCCUUAUGCAUUGCAGUUUAUUACGUGACCUUUGAACUGCAACAUUUGGGAAAGCAUCAGCUAUAUCUGGGCCCACAAAAUAACGUUUUGCCAUGCUUGGGAUAAAUGCGUCCGUCAUUAGAGUGACUUUGUUGGGAUAGCUGUAAAUCAUUUCUAAUAGCCCUCCUUACACGAGCACAAGAAAUCACUCAAGGCCCAGUCGUUUAAAGCAACAAAAGAGAUUGUACAAAGAAUUUGGCCACAGAUUUGGAUUCGAAGAAUGGCAGCUAGAGUCUUGUGAAAUGGAAAUGUUUUGGCACUGGGGGAAAAUGUUCUCGGAGGUAUUUUAGAGUAAGCAGUGUGUUACUAUAUUGGCAUAUACUUUAAUAUGACAAGUCAAGUAUCCAAUACAUUCACUGUAUGUUAACUACAUUUCUGGUUGUGUAGGCUUGGUUUGUCAUAUGACAUCUCUUGUAGGGUUCUUGGUCAGGGCCCUCGCCCAAAUGGCGUUUACAGCUACUUUUGUGUUCACACUUCUACUUAGACUGUCAUCUAAUUAUCAGCUAACACAGCACAUUCUUAACUCCAUUACACGGAUUUGGUUUUGUCGUUUGAGUGUUUGUUUACUUUUUCACUGGAUGUGUAACACGACAUUUUGUGACAUUUGGUUAAACUGGACUCACUCAUCUCCAAAUUAGUUUGCGUAUAGAGUAUGCCUUAAACGAGGAGUACUAACUGGAAUGAAAAUGGUAUGUUCUGACUCUGUAAGACAUACUGGGAGUCUCUAUUUGAAACACAACUUUUUUUUUUUUUUUUUUUUAAUAUAUUAAUGAUUAUGUAGAACUAUCCAUGAGUAUUUAACUAUGUUACAAUUCUCUGUUGUGUAAGAUAUCAAUAAACACAAAGCCAAAAUUAA